AUGGUAGACAUUGGAGAAGCCCAUUCAAUCAAAGUAGAAAAGAUCUUAUACAAGGAAAAGUCGGAGUUCCAAGAGGUCUUGGUUUUUGAGUCAUCAAUGUAUGGGAAUGUGCUUGUACUUAAUGGAAUAGUUCAAUUGACUGAGAAGGAUGAAUGUGCUUACCAGGAGAUGAUAGCUCAUCUUCCCCUUGUUCAAUUCAUUUGCUCAAAAAAGGUUUUAGUUGUUGGUGGUAGAGAUGGCAGUGUAGUAAGGGAAGUAGCCCACCAUAGCUCUGUGGAACAUAUUGAUAUUUGUGAGAUAGAUAAGAUGGUUACUGACGUUUCUAGGAAGUUUUUUCCACAAUUAGUUGUUGGGUUUGUAGAUUCUCGAGUGCAUCUGCAUGUUGGUGAUGAUAUAUAUUUAUCUGCUACUGUUGAUUUUCUUAAAUCCGUUCCUGAAGGGAAGUCUGAUGCCAUAAUUGUUGAUUCCUCAGAUCUUGUGGGUUUCUUGAGCUUGAAUGAUCAUAAACUGGUGUCACUUGAUGACCUAAACCAAAAUCAUCACACUGAAUCUGGCUAG